AUGGAAUUUUCAAACGAGGUUUUAGCUAUACUUCCUGAUAAUAUUUCUAUAAUUUCAUCAGAGGAUUUAAACGUCUUUAGAGAAACCAGCAAACAAGAAGGUCUCUGCAAGAUCAUUGAUACAAUGGGUAAAGCAUCAGCAAAGGCACAAGAUCUUAAAAUUGUUAUAACUACUACUAAUAAAAUGAAAGAACAUUUGCAUAAUCUUUACAUAAUGAAAAACCCAAAUAAUACUCAUAUAGUCGGAAUUCUAAAAGUUGGAGUUAAAAAAUUAUUUAUUGUGGAUAAAGUAGGAAAUCAGCAUGAGAUAGAGCCAUUAUGUGUCCUUGAUUUCUAUAUACACGAGAGUUAUCAAAGAUCAGGAUAUGGUAAACAAAUAUUUGAAUUCAUGUUAAAGAGUGAGGACGUCUCACCAAGUAAAUUAGCGUAUGAUAGGCCAUCAGAAAAAUUUCGCUCAUUUCUUAAAAAACAUUAUAAUUUAAUUAAUUUUAUUCCACAACCCAAUAGUUUUGUAGUCUUUGAUCAAUAUGGAUUAUCAGAUUCAAAUAAUAAUAGAUUUGAUAAAAGGCCAAAUACACGUAGUAGGAUGCAACAUAAUAGAUCUAUGAGUGAUUGUGGUAGAAUAGAUAAAAAUAGUGUCGUUGUGGAAAAUGAAAGAAUUGUUGGACAUAGAUAUACAAGAUCUCUCACUUCAAAUCGUCACUCUUAUAUUUCCUCUGAUUAUAAUAGUGACAGUGGUAGUGGCAGCAAUACUUCAAAAUCAGAUAAAAAUAAAUUUUUAUCAGUCACAGCAGCUGAACAUUCAACAAUUCCAAAUGAAUUAUAUGCAGAAAGAAAACGUGAAAUUAUAAAUAAUCAUAAAGAAAAUUUUAAGAAAUCAUUGUAUGGUAACAAUCCAAUUUCAUGGAACAAUGAGUAA